CUGUCUUUAAAAAAAAAAAAAAUUGUCAGUGCCAAGCAGAGAGUCUAGGAAGAAAACAUUAUAUACCACAGAUUGAAUGGAGCAAAAUUAGACUUCCAGCCUUCCCUGGCAAGCCAAAGAGGCAGGAGCCGAGGCCGCUCUGGACUCAGUGGCUCCAAUGUAGCAGGUGGAAAUGGGCACUUUCCACUUUUGCCUAAGGGGCUCCCCAAGGUUACUGAGGGGCGGGUGGAAUAGUGCACACUGUCACGUGGAGAUCAUAGUAAGCAGAAAGGAUGUUCUUGGGGUCAGAAAUGCAGCUGCUUGUAUCUCGAGGCCUGGAGAAGCCCAGGAGGAGGUGUGGGCCUUGUUUGUCACCAUGUACGCGGGCACGUGCGUGCAUGUGGACUGUGUGAGAGAGGACUGAGGAGGCAGGAGUGGAGUCUGGCAGCUCACCAUGAGCCCUGUGCCUGCUGCAGCAACCCUCCGUCGCUGCACUCUGUGACCUUUAAUGAGUCAGACACUCCUUUGUCUUCUUAUGUGUUAAAUGGAGACACGCAUGCUUGCUGGGUGUUCAAGCCGUGCUUGUGUUUUGGGUGCCUUUAUUAAUUCAAAUGCACUCUUUCCAUCUUUUCCCUCUGGGUCUUAUGAGAAACAUUAAGGUCCUGGCCUCAUUAGGGUCUUCGUCGCUUUAGGCUUGGGAUCUACACAGUGAGGGCAGGGAGGAUAGGGAUGAGUUAUGGGAGAGAUGAGACGUCUCAUUGUCGGGAGUGUCAUGUCUUCUGUGAGCCUGAUGUUCUGAUGAAUGUAGUUUAUCCCUGGGGCAGAGAACAGGAGGAAGGUGAAGGGAAUAUAUGAUGAGGUGAGCAGCAGUGUCACAUUGAGAAUGCGGCCAUGAAUUGGGCAUGGCAGAGGCAAUUUUCCAGGCCUUGAGGAGUAGAGGUGGGGCUGUAAUGUGCAGGGGCCAGUUGGCGGUAGAGCAGGUGGCAACCGUUGUGGGUCAGGAGGCAGCUGACCAGCUAGUCCUCUUGGGAUCAUGUAGGGGUGGUGCCUACGUGGCAUGAGUGAUACCAUUCCCUGCCUUUUGUGUCCACAGUGGGCCACACUAAUCUACCAUCCCCAGAGUUCUUUAAGUAUAUCAUUUUGGAUUUUGAUAUCAAUCAAUUGGCAUAAAAGUUGAAACUUACUGUCUGUCACCGGUGUGACGGAAAAGACAUAGACUGGAAUCCAGCAGAAAUGACAGCCCAGCCAGGUCCAAGCUUUGGGCACUGACCAAGCGUAUUAGGUCGUUUUUUGGUUGCAAAGGACAGAGACUCAAUUCACAUUAGCUUCAGCUAAGUUAUUUAAGUCACUUAAACAUCACAGCGGGUGGGGGAAAAUCACCUGGAGAAGGGGAGGCUCAGCCAGCCUUGCAGCACAGCCAUAAUGGAGGUCAGCCCCAAGAGGCCAUACCUGUCUCACCUGCGUGUGGCUCACCUGUGUGUGGCUCAGGUAAGGGCUAACUUCAGAUGUGGCUGGUUGAGGAAUCUAGUGAGGUUGCUGGGGCUCUGUCUCUGGGGUGGACUCUCUCGGUGAAAAAGUUCACAUGGCUAAGCUGGGUCAUGUGCUCUUAACAGGUUCCUGCGGGGAUGGGAUAGAGAUGGGGGUGAUAGGUUCUAGAAAGCAGGUCACAUGGGGAGUAAAGUUAUCUUGGAGGUCAACAUAGAAGGAUCAGCCCAAGGUAAGAGUUGGAGAGGUGGCUGGGAGAGGCGCCAAGUUCAUCUGUGUCUUAGGCACAGGUGAGGAGGUAGGGGGGUCAAUAAUGUUGAGCCAGCAACCUUAGGACACAUGGCUUCCCUGGAAGACCUUGUGCCCGUGGACCAGAAAAGGUCACUGUGGGCGGGCUUGGAGGUGAUGUAUAUGCAGUUGGUCUGGCUGCUCUGGCCCCAGUCUCCCAGGCAGCUGAAGUGACCUCAGAUGCCAAGUUCACCACCCACAGUGGCACCCUCUUCUCUGCGGCUUUUCUUGAUCCUGUGGUACCUGGCCAACUGACUAGCGGUACCAAGUCUCAAGGUCAUGCAUGUGUUCUGGGAGAUUUAGGUUUGGAUCAGGCUGAGCUGAUCGCUUGGCAAAACUUACAGAUUCUAGAGCGAGGCAUCCAGUCUAACAGGCCAAAGAGCGUCUGCCAAGCAUAUGUGCUGUCUUAGGGACCGUCUAAGAGCUUUGUUGCCUUGACACCAGAGCAGUGCAGCUGUACCUGUGCAGGUGGGCACCCUGGGCUGCGCGGGUUCCAAUCAGGUUUCUUUCCUGACAUUGUCCCUCUCCCCUACACCACCAACCCCUGCCACUCAUAGCUCCCUUUCCCAGAUGGCAAAUGCUGUCUAAUGAAUCACCCCAAAACAAAGUGGCUCACAACAGCAGACACCUUGUUAUUGCUCAGUCUCUGUGGGUCAGGAAUUCAGGAAGUUCUUGUGUGGGUCAGGAAUUCAAAAAGUUAUUGAUUUGGGCAGUCCUGACGUGGGGUCUCUCCUGGAGGUUCCAACUAUGGGAGCCCACGCCCCGCCCAUGCCAACAUGAAUGCCAAUGCAGCGGCGGGGCUGGCCCCUGAGCACAUCCCCACCCCGGGGGCUGCCCUGUCCUGGCAGGCAGCCAUCGACGCAGCCCGGCAGGCUAAGUUGAUGGGCAGCGCUGGCAAUGCCACCAUCUCCACGGUCAGCUCCACGCAGCGGAAGCGGCAGCAAUAUGGGAAACCCAAGAAGCAGGGCAGCACCACGGCCACACGCCCGCCCCGAGCCCUGCUCUGCCUGACCCUGAAGAACCCCAUCCGAAGGGCCUGCAUCAGCAUUGUCGAAUGGAAACCAUUUGAAAUAAUUAUUUUACUGACUAUUUUUGCCAAUUGUGUGGCCUUAGCGAUCUAUAUUCCCUUUCCAGAAGAUGAUUCCAACGCCACCAAUUCCAACCUGGAACGAGUGGAAUAUCUCUUUCUCAUAAUUUUUACGGUGGAAGCAUUUUUAAAAGUAAUCGCCUAUGGACUUCUCUUUCACCCCAAUGCCUACCUCCGCAACGGCUGGAAUCUCCUAGAUUUUAUAAUUGUGGUUGUGGGGCUUUUUAGUGCAAUUUUAGAACAAGCCACCAAAGCAGAUGGGGCAAACGCUCUUGGAGGGAAAGGGGCCGGAUUUGACGUGAAGGCGCUGAGGGCCUUCCGCGUGCUGCGUCCCCUGCGGCUGGUGUCUGGAGUCCCAAGUCUCCAGGUGGUUCUGAAUUCUAUCAUCAAGGCCAUGGUUCCCCUGCUGCACAUCGCCCUGCUUGUGCUGUUUGUCAUCAUCAUCUACGCCAUCAUCGGCCUGGAGCUCUUCAUGGGGAAGAUGCACAAGACCUGCUACAACCAGGAGGGCAUAGCAGAUGUUCCAGCAGAAGAUGACCCUUCCCCUUGUGCGCUGGAAACAGGACAUGGGCGGCAGUGUCAGAAUGGCACGGUAUGCAGGCCCGGCUGGGAUGGGCCCAAGCACGGCAUCACCAACUUUGACAACUUUGCCUUCGCCAUGCUCACAGUGUUCCAGUGCAUCACCAUGGAGGGCUGGACGGACGUGCUGUACUGGAUGCAGGACGCUAUGGGCUAUGAGUUACCCUGGGUGUAUUUUGUCAGUCUGGUCAUCUUUGGAUCCUUUUUCGUUCUAAAUCUGGUUCUCGGUGUGUUGAGCGGAGAGUUUUCCAAAGAGAGGGAGAAGGCCAAGGCCCGGGGAGAUUUCCAGAAGCUACGAGAGAAGCAACAGCUGGAAGAGGAUCUCAAAGGCUACCUGGACUGGAUCACUCAGGCCGAAGACAUUGACCCGGAGAACGAGGACGAAGGCAUGGAUGAGGAGAAGCCCCGAAACAGAGGCACUCCGGCGGGCAUGCUUGAUCAGAAGAAAGGGAAGUUUGCUUGGUUUAGUCACUCCACAGAAAGCCAUGUGAGCAUGCCCACCAGUGAGACCGAGUCUGUCAACACCGAAAACGUGGCUGGAGGUGACAUCGAGGGAGAAAACUGCGGGGCCAGGCUGGCCCACCGGAUCUCCAAGUCAAAGUUCAGCCGCUACUGGCGCCGAUGGAAUCGGUUCUGCAGAAGAAAGUGCCGCGCUGCGGUCAAGUCUAAUGUCUUCUACUGGCUGGUGAUUUUCCUGGUGUUCCUCAACACGCUCACCAUUGCCUCUGAGCACUACAACCAGCCCCACUGGCUCACAGAAGUCCAAGACACGGCCAACAAGGCUCUGCUGGCCCUGUUCACGGCAGAGAUGCUCCUGAAGAUGUACAGCCUGGGCCUGCAAGCCUACUUCGUGUCCCUCUUCAACCGCUUUGACUGCUUUGUCGUGUGCGGUGGCAUCCUGGAGACCAUCCUGGUGGAGACCAAGAUCAUGUCCCCACUGGGCAUCUCCGUGCUCAGAUGCGUCCGGCUGCUGAGAAUAUUCAAGAUCACAAGGUACUGGAACUCCUUGAGCAACCUGGUGGCAUCCUUGCUGAACUCUGUGCGCUCCAUCGCCUCCCUGCUCCUUCUCCUCUUCCUCUUCAUCAUCAUCUUCUCCCUCCUGGGGAUGCAGCUCUUUGGAGGAAAGUUCAACUUUGAUGAGAUGCAGACCCGGAGGAGCACAUUUGAUAACUUCCCCCAGUCCCUCCUCACUGUGUUUCAGAUCCUGACCGGGGAGGACUGGAAUUCGGUGAUGUAUGAUGGGAUCAUGGCUUAUGGCGGCCCCUCUUUUCCAGGGAUGUUAGUCUGUAUUUACUUCAUCAUCCUCUUCAUCUGUGGAAACUAUAUCCUACUGAAUGUGUUCUUGGCCAUUGCUGUGGACAACCUGGCUGAUGCUGAGAGCCUCACAUCUGCCCAAAAGGAGGAGGAAGAGGAGAAGGAGAGAAAGAAGCUGGCCAGGACUGCCAGCCCAGAGAAGAAACAAGAGGUGGUGGAGAAGCCAGCAGUGGAGGAAUCCAAGGAGGAGAAGAUUGAGCUGAAAUCCAUCACAGCUGACGGGGAGUCUCCACCCACCACCAAGAUCAACAUGGAUGAUCUCCAGCCCAAUGAAAAUGAGGAUAAGAGCCCCUACCCCAACCCAGAAACUACAGGAGAAGAUGAUGAGGAAGAGCCAGAGAUGCCUGUCGGCCCUCGCCCACGACCACUCUCUGAGCUUCACCUUAAGGAAAAGGCGGUGCCCAUGCCAGAAGCCAGCGCAUUUUUCAUCUUCAGCUCUAACAACAGGUUUCGCCUCCAGUGCCACCGCAUUGUCAAUGACACGAUCUUCACCAACCUGAUCCUCUUCUUCAUUCUGCUCAGCAGCAUUUCCCUGGCUGCUGAGGACCCGGUCCAGCACACCUCCUUCAGGAACCAUAUUCUGUUUUAUUUUGAUAUUGUUUUUACCACCAUUUUCACCAUUGAAAUUGCUCUGAAGAUGACUGCUUAUGGGGCUUUCUUGCACAAGGGCUCUUUCUGCCGGAACUACUUCAACAUCCUAGACCUGCUGGUGGUCAGCGUGUCCCUCAUCUCCUUUGGCAUCCAGUCCAGUGCAAUCAAUGUCGUGAAGAUCUUGCGAGUCCUGCGAGUACUCAGGCCCCUGAGGGCCAUCAACAGGGCCAAGGGGCUAAAGCAUGUGGUUCAGUGCGUGUUUGUCGCCAUCCGGACCAUCGGGAACAUCGUCAUUGUCACCACCCUGCUGCAGUUCAUGUUCGCCUGCAUCGGGGUCCAGCUCUUCAAGGGAAAGUUGUACACCUGUUCAGACAGUUCCAAGCAGACAGAGGCAGAAUGCAAGGGCAACUACAUCACGUACAAAGACGGGGAGGUGGACCACCCCAUCAUCCAGCCCCGCAGCUGGGAGAACAGCAAGUUUGACUUUGACAACGUUCUGGCGGCCAUGAUGGCCCUCUUCACAGUCUCCACCUUUGAAGGGUGGCCAGAGCUGCUGUACCGCUCCAUCGACUCCCACACGGAAGACAAGGGCCCCAUCUACAACUACCGCGUGGAGAUCUCCAUCUUCUUCAUCAUCUACAUCAUCAUCAUCGCCUUCUUCAUGAUGAACAUCUUCGUGGGUUUCGUCAUCGUCACCUUCCAGGAGCAGGGAGAGCAGGAGUACAAGAACUGUGAGCUGGACAAGAACCAGCGACAGUGUGUGGAAUACGCCCUCAAGGCCCGGCCCCUGCGGAGGUACAUCCCCAAGAACCAGCACCAGUACAAAGUGUGGUACGUGGUCAACUCCACCUACUUCGAGUACCUGAUGUUCGUCCUCAUCCUGCUCAACACCAUCUGCCUGGCCAUGCAGCACUACGGCCAGAGCUGCCUGUUCAAAAUCGCCAUGAACAUCCUCAACAUGCUCUUCACUGGCCUCUUCACUGUGGAGAUGAUCCUGAAGCUCAUUGCCUUCAAACCCAAGGGUUACUUUAGUGAUCCCUGGAAUGUUUUUGACUUCCUCAUCGUAAUUGGCAGCAUAAUUGACGUCAUUCUCAGUGAGACUAAUCACUAUUUCUGUGAUGCAUGGAAUACAUUUGACGCCUUGAUUGUUGUGGGUAGCAUUGUUGAUAUAGCAAUCACCGAGGUAAACCCAGCUGAACAUACCCAAUGCUCUCCCUCUAUGAAUGCAGAGGAGAACUCCCGCAUCUCCAUCACCUUCUUCCGCCUGUUCCGGGUCAUGCGCCUGGUGAAGCUGCUGAGCCGCGGGGAGGGCAUCAGGACGCUGCUGUGGACCUUCAUCAAGUCCUUCCAGGCCCUGCCCUAUGUGGCCCUCCUGAUUGUGAUGCUGUUCUUCAUCUACGCGGUGAUUGGGAUGCAGGUGUUUGGGAAAAUUGCCCUGAAUGAUACCACAGAGAUCAACCGGAACAACAACUUUCAGACCUUCCCCCAAGCUGUGCUACUCCUCUUCAGGUGUGCCACUGGGGAGGCCUGGCAAGACAUCAUGCUGGCCUGCAUGCCAGGCAAGAAGUGUGCUCCAGAGUCUGAGCCCAGCAACAGCACGGAGGGUGAAACGCCCUGUGGCAGCAGCUUUGCCGUCUUCUACUUCAUCAGCUUCUACAUGCUCUGUGCCUUCCUGAUCAUCAACCUCUUUGUAGCUGUCAUCAUGGACAACUUUGACUACCUGACAAGGGACUGGUCCAUCCUUGGUCCCCACCACUUGGAUGAGUUUAAAAGAAUCUGGGCAGAGUAUGACCCUGAAGCCAAGGGUCGUAUCAAACACCUGGACGUGGUGACCCUUCUCCGGCGGAUUCAGCCCCCACUAGGUUUUGGGAAGCUGUGCCCUCACCGUGUGGCUUGCAAACGCCUGGUCUCCAUGAACAUGCCUCUGAACAGCGACGGGACGGUCAUGUUCAAUGCCACCCUGUUUGCUCUGGUCAGGACGGCCCUGAGGAUCAAAACAGAAGAGGGACCCAGCCCAUCAGAGGCCCACCCAGGGGCUGAGGAUCCUUUCCGCUCUGCAGGGAACCUAGAACAAGCCAACGAGGAGCUGCGGGCCAUCAUCAAGAAGAUCUGGAAGCGGACCAGCAUGAAGCUGCUGGACCAGGUGGUGCCCCCUGCAGGUGAUGAUGAGGUCACCGUUGGCAAGUUCUAUGCCACGUUCCUGAUCCAGGAGUACUUCCGGAAGUUCAAGAAGCGUAAAGAGCAGGGCCUUGUGGGCAAGCCCUCCCAGAGAAACGCGCUGUCUCUGCAGGCUGGCUUGCGCACGCUGCAUGACAUCGGGCCUGAGAUCCGACGGGCCAUCUCUGGAGAUCUCACUGCUGAGGAGGAGUUGGACAAGGCCAUGAAGGAGGCUGUGUCCGCUGCCUCUGAAGAUGACAUCUUCAGGAGGGCAGGUGGCCUGUUCGGCAACCACGUCAGCUACUACCAAAGUGACGGCCGGAGCGCCUUCCCCCAGACCUUCACCACUCAGCGCCCGCUGCACAUCAACAAGGCAGGCAGCAGCCAGGGCGACACAGAGUCGCCUUCCCACGAGAAGCUGGUGGACUCCACCUUCACCCCCAGCAGCUACUCGUCCACCGGCUCCAACGCCAACAUCAACAAUGCCAACAACACCGCCCUGGGCCGCCUCCCUCACCCCGCUGGCCACCCCAGCACGGUCAGCACUGUGGAGGGCCAUGGGCCCCCAUUGUCCCCUGCCAUUCGGGUGCAGGAGGUGGCGUGGAAGCUCAGCUCCCAGAGGUGCCACUCCCGGGAGAGCCAGACAGCCAUGGUGGGUCAGGAGGAGACAUCUCAGGAUGAGACCUACGAAGUGAAGAUGAACAAUGACACAGAAGCCUGCAGUGAGCCCAGCCUGCUCUCCACAGAGAUGCUCUCCUACCAGGAUGAUGAAAAUCGGCAACUGACACUCCCAGAGGAGGACAAGAGGGACAUCCGGCAAUCCCCAAAGAGGGGUUUCCUCCGCACCGCCUCACUAGGUCGAAGGGCCUCCUUCCACCUGGAAUGUCUGAAGCGACAGAAGGACCGAGGGGGAGACAUCUCUCAGAAGACAGUCCUGCCCUUGCAUCUGGUUCAUCAUCAGGCACUGGCAGUGGCAGGCCUGAGCCCCCUCCUCCAGAGAAGCCAUUCCCCUGCCUCAUUCCCCAGGCCUUUUGCCACCCCCCCGGCCACACCUGGCAGCCGAGGCUGGCCCCCACAGCCCGUCCCCACCCUGCGGCUAGAGGGGGCCGAGUCCAGCGAGAAACUCAACAGCAGCUUCCCGUCCAUCCACUGCGGCUCCUGGGCUGAGACCACCCCCUGUGGCGGGGGCAGCAGCACCGCCCGGAGAGCCCGGCCCGUCUCCCUCAUGGUGCCCAGCCAGGCUGGGGCCCCAGGGAGGCAGUUCCACGGCAGUGCCAGCAGCCUGGUGGAAGCGGUCUUGAUUUCAGAAGGACUGGGGCAGUUUGCUCAAGAUCCCAAGUUCAUCGAGGUCACCACCCAGGAGCUGGCCGACGCCUGCGACAUGACCAUAGAGGAGAUGGAGAGCGCAGCCGACAACAUCCUCAGCGGGGGCGCCCCACAGAGCCCCAAUGGCGCCCUCUUACCCUUUGUGAACUGCAGGGACGCGGGGCAGGACCUAGCCGGGGGCGAAGAGGACGCGGGCUGUGUGCGCGCGCGGGGGCGACUGAGUGAAGAGGAGCUCCAGGACAGCAGGGUCUACGUCAGCAGCCUGUAGUGGGCGCUGCCAGAUGCGGGCUUUUUUUUAUUUGUUUCAAUGUUCCUAAUGGGUUCGUUUCAGAAGUGCCUCACUGUUCUCGUGACCUGGAGUUAACCGGAACAGCGUCUUCAUUCAUUUCUGUUGGGACAAGACGCGGAGCCUGGGUGCGCGAGCCGCCCUCCGGGAGGAAGGCGCCCGGCUGUGUCCGCAGACGCGGGGACAGGAGGCGGCGAGGGUCCCGGGGCGUGAGGAAGGCGCCUGCCCUCCCCAAGCCCGCAGGCCCCGGGACCGGCAGCGCCUCUGUGGGGAGAGCACCCCGGCUUCCUGCGCGCCCUCACCAAAAGGACCCUACAGCAAACGGGUGUCUUUCGACUCUGCUUGUAGAAACCAUUUGCACAUAUUCUGUACGAGCCUGCUGUCUCCCUAGAGCCAGGGCCCUGCGGAUUUGGAGAAGGGAGCCGGGCAGGACUUCCAGGAGGACCCCGCCCGGGCCCGGAGAGGGAGGAGGAGGCCGCCAGGGGCGCGGAGCUUUGGGGAUGGGCGUCCGGCCGGCGGGGGUGCGGCUCACUUCGACCCGUCCCCAUCCACCCGCGACGGGAUCGCCCCACAGGCACAGGCCACGCCGGGCUCCCGGCCCGCCGCCGGCCCGCAGGCAGCGCAACGGAGGAGCUGCGCCGCAGGGAAGGGGCCGCCGGCUCCGCCCAACCAGGUGGUGCUGAGCUUCCGCUGAGCGCUCUUUUGUUUUGUGGUUUGACACUUUUCUUGACAGCAUGUUGCAGUUUUCGAUUUUUUGGAUUUUUUGUUUUGUUUUGGUUUUGGUUUUGGGUUUUUUAUUUUUUAUUUUGUUUUCCCAGAGGGAAGGGAGGAAGAAGAGUGUUUACAAAGUCUUGUAGCCCCCUCACCUUUCUGUUUUCACUUUUGCCAACGUACAUCGGGUUUGGUUUUCUUGUGUUAUUUAAAGGAUUGUCGUUUCCUGUUCUCACGGAAGUUCAAUAGAAGCCGCUGCAGGAGAGUUUUACCAUCCAUUGUGUAUGCCCAAUAAUUUGUUAUCAUUUCCUUAGGUAGUAACCUAUUUUUGUUCUGGUUUAGUUCGGUUUUCUAAUGGAAAGGUAAUUGGCAAUGCACUUGAUGUGGUCUUGCACAUGUGGGUGAUAGAGUUGGGUUCCUUUUUAUGCUGGGUGUACAGGUGGGUUUGCGAGAGAGGAGCAUGCUCGAGAGACUCUGUGAGUGUGCGACGCGUGUGUGUGCGGUGGGUUGUCUGUGCGCAUAUGUCCUACCUAUGUAUAUGCACCCACACCAUAUGCCCGCGCACACCAGUGGCUACGCAGUCCCCCCUUUCUGGUUUAACUGUGGGAAGCUCUGAAUCUGGGGCCAUUUGAAAGCAAAAACAAACCACUGUCUCUGCUUCUGAAAUGGGAAUCAGUAACCCUUUGCAUUUUCUGUCCCACAAGAUAUGCAAAAACAAUGCAAUAAUAUUCAUUUAAAAAUACAAUUGUGAGUUGUGUUGGCAUUAAAGCUGUAUUUAAAAAAAAAGACACAGAAAUUUAAGGGAAAAACACAAGAAGGCAUUUUGCUUCAAUAUAUUCCGUGUAAUGUUUUAUUGCAUUGAUAAUGUUUCUGUUGAAGAAACCGUUAUACUUGAAUUCAGGUCAGUUUCAGUAUUUUUCAAAUAUUUUUUUAAAACUGAAUUGCAAUUGUGCCAAGCGAAUAUAAUGAACUGAAUUAAGUUGGUUUUUGGAUUCACUUCUUGUAUAUUUUGCUGCAUGUAAAGUAAAUCAUUUUGUAUUUGAAGUGUGA